GCCCGGGCAGGCGCUGAGUGCUGGAGAUGCUGCUGUUGGUGCCGCCGCCGCCGCUGUUGCUGCUGCGGGACAGGUUCGGGUCUGAGUCCGGCUUGGCGGCCACGGGGCGUGGGUCGGCCCGGGGCGCGGUGGUACCAUCGGGAACACACUGAGAACCAUGUCCAGGAAGAAGACCCCCAAGAGCAAGGGAGGGAAUGUGCCCGCUGCCUCUACGCUGCCUGCCGCCGCCAACGGGCCCCGUCUGGCACAUCCCGGGACUGCGCGCCCUGGCCCGGAGGCGCCGCCCAAUGGGCCCCCGCAGUCCGGCCGGCCCUCACUCGGUGGCACUGGAGACUUCUACGACGUUGCUUUCAAGGUCAUGCUGGUGGGAGAUUCCGGUGUGGGGAAAACCUGCCUGCUUGUGCGCUUCAAGGAUGGGGCUUUCCUGGCUGGUACCUUCAUCUCCACUGUGGGCAUUGACUUCCGGAAUAAAGUUCUGGAUGUGGACGGCAUGAAGGUGAAGCUGCAGAUCUGGGACACAGCUGGCCAGGAGCGGUUCCGAAGCGUCACCCAUGCCUACUACCGGGAUGCUCAUGCACUGCUGCUGCUUUAUGACAUCACCAACAAAGACUCCUUCGACAACAUCCAGGCCUGGUUGACAGAGAUCCAAGAAUAUGCCCAGCAGGACGUGGUGCUUAUGCUGCUAGGGAACAAGGUUGACUCUACCCAAGAACGCGCAGUGAAGAGGGAAGAUGGGGAAAAAUUAGCCAAGGAGUAUGGGCUGCCUUUCAUGGAGACCAGUGCAAAGACCGGCCUCAACGUGGACUUGGCUUUCACAGCCAUAGCAAAGGAGCUGAAACAGCGAUCCACGAAGGCUUCCAGCGAGCCACGCUUCAGGCUGCAUGACUAUGUUAAGAGGGAGGGUCAAGGGGUCUCCUGCUGUCGACUCUGAACCUGCCUGAUAAUCAGUCCCACUCUGGAGGAAGCAGCCCCGCCUUGGAAAGCUGUACAGGAGGCUGGUUGACUUCAACCAGUGGAUGCCCCCAGUGGACUCCAAGACUCUGGAGGCUAACGCUCUCAACCCCUUUGCCCUGGUGGCCACCACAGAAACCGCUUUGAAGCAAACCAUGCCACGACACUCUACUGCCCUCUUCUGGACACUUCCAGCAAUGAGGAUCACGCCGCAUACAUGCUACCUAACCUCCCAAGAAAAGCCAUGUUAUCCACUGCCCAGGCAGGACCCCACCCAGGACAAAGGGCUACAUCGCUCAUCUUUGUCCACUUGUUGGCCUGCUUCCGGCUCUCUACUAGGAGGCUCUGUGAUGUAGGAAAACUAGCUAAGUGCUGGAAACCACAGGAAUGUUGGGACUGCAGAGCUAAGAUACCACUUAGGCUGGCCCAGCCUUUUCCACUUUGUACUAAAGUCACCACACCACAAACUGGAAUCAAAGCCUGUUCUCAAAAAGCCCCCACUAAUAAAAAGUUGUUUUCUGGA